UUGAUAGUUGAACAGGGGAGAGGAGAAGGGAAGGACCUAACUAUACUGGAGACCGCUCGUGCACUACAUUUAAAUAUCGAGAUUGUAUGUUUUGGUGGAGGCUGUCACCUUUCAUUUCAUGUUUUGGAACCUAAACAUCACGGAUGGUUGGAUUUGUUCAAUGGCUUUUUAUUUUUUUAAGGAUGUGUAGACGAGCUAGCGUGCUAGCUGUUGAGGCUAGCGGCUAGUCGGACAGUGCGCGCGUGAGCGGAGCGCGAGUGGCGCGCGAGUGGGGGUCUGUCAGCCGUUCUUCAAGUGGAAGCGCCCGGAGAGGAUCCUCUCUCCGCCUUUCCGCUCAAUCACGGCGGCUACGGUGCGACCAGAGACUAGGCGUGCAUUUGAAAUACUGCUGUUCGAGACGUGGGGAGUCGCUUAUCUUUUCACCCGAGGCUCUUGUGAGCUCAGGAGGGCAUUUUGGAAGCCGGGCCUGUGGUGGUUUGGAGCGAGGCCCUUGAUGAGAGAGCAGCAGCAGACUCCAUUCUAGCUAGCUGGCGACUGAAAGGGACUGCGAACCGAGCAGAACGCAAAGACGACUGAUCGUGCUAAAAGCAACAAUACUCUCUCACACACUAAACACCCUAAAGACUCCUGUCACAGCCAUGGCUGCGAUCAUAAAGGAAUUUGUCAGCCGAAACAAAAGGAGAUACCAGGAAGAUGGGUUCGACUUGGACUUGACCUAUAUUUAUCCCAAUAUAAUUGCUAUGGGCUUUCCUGCUGAAAGACUUGAGGGUGUCUACAGAAACAAUAUAGAUGAGGUAGUGCGGUUCCUGGAUUCAAAGCAUAAAAAUCAUUACAAGAUAUAUAAUCUAUGUGCAGAAAGACAUUAUGAUGCUGCCAAAUUUAAUUGCAGAGUUGCACAGUAUCCAUUUGAAGAUCAUAAUCCUCCUCAGCUAGAGCUUAUCAAACCUUUCUGUGAAGAUUUGGAUAAGUGGCUCAGUGACAAUGACAAUCAUGUGGCUGCCAUUCACUGUAAAGCUGGAAAGGGACGUACGGGUGUCAUGAUUUGUGCGUACUUGUUACACCGAGGCAAAUUCAAAAAAGCACAAGAGGCUCUGGACUUCUAUGGUGAAGUUAGAACUAGAGACAAGAAGGGAGUGACUAUUCCCAGUCAGAGGCGAUAUGUGUUCUACUAUAACUACCUUCUGAAGAAUAAGCUGGAGUACAAACCUGUGGCCUUGCUCUUUCACAAGAUGGUGUUUGAGACUGUGCCUAUGUUCAGUGGAGGGACCUGCAGGGAUACUACUGUAAAAAGCAAGAGUGAGCAGAUUCCACAUGGGUUCAGAAAAACCAAUUGGCAUUGGGAUCCUCAGUUUGUGGUGUACCAGCUGAAGGUGAAAAUCCACACCUCCAACCCAGCACACACAAGGCGAGAGGAGAAGUACAUGUACUUUGAGUUUCCACAACCGCUGCCUGUGUGUGGAGACAUCAAGGUGGAGUUUUUCCACAAGCAGAACAAGAUGUUGAAGAAGGAUAAGAUGUUUCACUUUUGGGUGAACACCUUCUUCAUCCCUGGACCAGAGGAGAGCUCAGAGAAGGUGGAAAAUGGAGGUUUAGUGAAGGAACUGGAUGGCAUCAAAACAACAGAACGGGGAGAGAAUGACAAGGAUUAUCUAAUCCUCACUUUAACCAAGAACGACUUGGAUAAAGCCAAUAAAGACAAAGCCAACAGAUACUUCUCUCCAAAUUUCAAGGUAAAGAUGUACUUUACGAAAACAAUAGAGGAACCAUCUAACUCGGAGGCCAGCACUUCUACAUCUGUAACCCCGGAUGUAAGCGAUAAUGAACCAGAUCAUUAUAGAUACUCGGAUACAACAGACUCAGAUCCUGAAAAUGAACAGUUCGACGAUGAACAGAUCACAAAAGUUUAAAAUAUUUUUAUGGGAAGAAAAAAUAUCCAUGCAUAAUAGAGUUGUAUAAAGGAGAAAACUUGAAUAUGAACUGAAAGCAAGUAGCUUUUUUUUUUAUUUUUAUUUUUUUUUCCAAACAGAAGUAGGACACUUGUCAUUGGUUUUAGGGCCAAAAUUGCUGACCAAUAUUUGUAUUUUUAUUCAUUUGCCCAUCUCCAUAAGUUAUCAACACUGAUAUUCCAUGGAAGAAAGCCUCUUUAGCUUUUCUGUAAAUACACUUUUAUGCCGUAACACAAAAGGAAACCUCGGAAUGGGAGAUUGUUUAUGGGAGAAAUUCUGAGAUCUAAAUUUGCUGCUCCAUUACCUGUUAAAAACCAAGGCCAGUGCUUUAAUCAGCAGUCAUGCCCCCAUAUCUGUUCUUCUCUUGUGCCCCAAACCUCCUGUCCACCCUACUGUGCAACACGUCUCGUGCUGUUGGAAGGCUGCCACAUGUCAGCUGGGCUCUGUUGUGCAAUGGAAACUUGAGUCUCACCAUUUUUUUUUGUCUGCUUUCAUCGUUAUUAUUACUACUACUACUACUACAUUUGCAGAGGUAACGAUUGUUAUAAGCUACAUGACAUCAGGGCAGAAAACACAACAAAUGGCACCACCAUGUAUCAUCCUUGACUUUUCUGUUUUUUAUUUUAGUUUUUUUAAUGCAGACAUAAACAACAGGGAACCCAGUGUUGCAAUAAUGUAAACACUAUAGUUCAUGGAAGGUGUGCAUGUUAUUGGAAUUUGUUUCCAUGUUGUCAAAUAAAUGUUGUAAAAUGUUUUUCUAAAAGAGGUUUCGAAAGUCAUUUAAGAUUUGAUUGUAUUUUGGAGGAAGUCAUGAAGAUUGGAUUUUAAUCUACAAACAUUCCUUCAGUGGCACUUCAUUUUAUAAUUCACAAGUUCCUCUUUCAAACUUAAAAGCAGGAUCUUUUUGUUAGUGUUGUUUUGUUCCAAUUCUUGAGGUUAGGUUCUUAACGGUUAAUGAGAAAGUGAAUGUUCUUCAGUAUGUUGGAUUAUGGAUCAAACUUGUGUUUGGGCUCUGCGUGGCCACCGUUCACUAAAACAAUUAAAAACAUGCAAAUCUCAAAAACAACUUGACAUGAAUGAGCCAGCUCUAAUAUACAUCAUACAAAAUGGUUCAGUGGUGAACCACAUCUUCCAUGGCAUGUGAACAUGGUGAAGCCCUUCUCUGAAUGUAUCAACCUUGAAUGCAAGUUUCGAUUUGUCUUUCAACAGUUCUCACUUCCAACCUUGACUGUGUCAGACAUCAGAUCUUUGUAACAUGUUUGUAGCCUUAUUGUGCAUGAUCUAAUGAAAUCUGGAUCAUUUAUUUAUCCAGCAAUGGUGCUUACAAACUGCCAAACUUGCAAUGCACAGUCAUUUUCGGAGCAAAGAAUCUGCAAAUCUCAUGGUGCAAACUGCAUAACCGGUAUUCUCCAAAGAUUUGGUGUCCCUGACUAGCUAGCUAGAGUUCAUGUCUUUUUAUUUUUUUCUCAAACAGGCCUCAUUUCCUUUGGAAUGAGCAUAGUGCAGCUACAGAUUUUACAGAAAGUCUUGCGCUUGCUUCAAAAAUAUAAAAGCCCUGUAUAUGAGAAUAUUUGAGUGUAUAAGUUUCUUUCAAGCAUGCCAAAUCUUUUUUAACACCUGGCCGAUGAGGCCAGACCAAAAAAAAAAAAAACUUUCUCAGUAUCUUGGGCAAGAAUCUUCACUAAUGGUAGUGAGUAAGCUGCCUUUCUUGUACUGUUAAUGUUCAGGCUUCAUUCUUCACACCAGCCCAAUGCACAUGCCGUACAUCUCACCUUCCUUAGAGAAAGAAUACGUUUCCCAGACAUGAGGAGGAAAUUUGGCCUUCCUUCAUGUGAUUGUACACUAACCAAUCCAGGAAAAAAAAUUAAAUAUCAAGGAUUCUCUUUUUGUUUACAUUUUAUCACAUCACUGAAAACCUGCCAAAAAUUAAGCUUGAUUAUUUUAUUUGUUUUGAGAGGUAGCGGCGGGGUCCACGGGAGGUAUUCUUUGCCUUACUUGAAGUUGACAAUGCUUACUCUUCUACUGCUUUGAUACCUACCAUUCUGCCCAAGCACUGGCUUAUUUAAAGCUACUAUUACACAACAACAUAUUGUACUAGAGUCUAGACAUUUGCACUGUUACAGGUCUUUGCAGGGUUUCAGUCAGUGGUCCACAGUAUUUUAUUUUUUUUUGUCAGAUUUUCUCUGGAAAUGCUUUGCAGCAAUCAAAUAUAGGAAAAUGGAGAUGGAACGAAAAGGCUCCGUAUACAUUAUCACUGUGCAUCCCCAUAUAAUCAAAUCUGUUAUUAUUGACUGAAAAUGUGUUUUUUUUAAGCAUCUAUUUAUGAAAGUAUUCAUUCAUAUUCUGGAAAAGACCCUCUGCAGGUAUUUUUAUCCUAUAGUCCUCCUACAAUCGUGUUGACAUCUUUUGAAUGUUUAGCAGUUUAUUGUCUACACCCAAGGGCAUCAUGGGACAAAUAUGCAUUAAAGGGAUAGUUGACCUUAAUAUGAAAAUUCUGACAACAACUACUCGCCACAUGUUGUUCCAACCCAUAUUACUUUCUCUUUUCCGGGGACCACAAAAAUAGAUGUUAGGCAGAAUGUUACCCUCAGUUACCAUUUACUUUUAUUAAAUUAAAUUGUGACGAGGCUAACAUCUACUUUUGUGUUCCACGGAAGAAAGUCAUAGUUUAUUGGAGAAACUAUCCCUUUAAUCCUCAGGCUAUCUCUGUCACACAAGCUCCCCCCCCCCAAACUUCAUUUCUACAAUAAGGCACAGUACCCUAACAUGCAAAACCUUAGACAUCCUUUACGUGGCAUGUGUGUGUGGAGCUCACAGGCAGCAACAAAAAUAAAUGUUCAGUUUUAAUGAAAAAUAAAGGUCUUCGAAGGUGCCAGUGUAUAUAUUUCAUAUCACUCAUUGCUGAUUUGUGCAAUAUGUUGUUUUGAUGCCUGUGGUUGCCACAAAGUGCCUCUUGUUUACAGUUGAAAAGUGCUUGCUUUAAAAACUGAACAUUGUUACGUAUGUGGAUGGAUGGAUGGAUGGGGUGGUACUGUGCACUAAAUCGUCCAGCUACACCUGCAGCAGAGGGCCCUUUGGACUUUGGCCAUGCUCCAUUUGAAAGCAUUCUCCUUGCCAUCCCCCUCAGUGUUUUAUUUUUUGUUUUACAUAUUCAUGUAAACUCUGUAUAUUUUCAGUCUUUAAGAAAACAGCCUUACUCCGUUUCAGUCUGUUCAGAUACUAUUGUGCUGUGCAACAGUUGCUCUGUGUGUAAUGCCUAUGCACUGAGAAUACACAAUCCAACCAUGUAUGAAAUAUUGUACAGGUAAUCAUGUUGCUCAUACAAAUCACAUGUUUGUUUGUAAUUGUAUGUGUAAACUGCCCUUUAUCUUAGUGUUAUAAACUUCACAUAAAUCCAAUAGUCAUUCUUGUUUGUUUGUUGUU